UCACUGCACUUAUUUGUAUCAGAUUGCUGGAAUUGAAAUCGCUUAAGUGGAAUCCGACAAACAUUGUCUGGGGGCAUCCUGUGUUUUUAUCGGACAAGUCAUAAGUACCCAACGGCAGCUGACCAAGUUGAAACAUCAGAUCAUGGGUGACAGUGCAUAAGAAAGAAAACCAAAGACUUCAUUUCUACCAAUUUACGGAGAUGGAAAAGACCCCACUCCCUGGACCAAACGAUAUUGUAAUGACAGCAGUAGCAAACACCUAUCCACAAGAACCUAUAACUCCACCAAGAACGAACCAUUCCUCUCUGAAGCCCAACCAAGUGGGUCAGGUUAUACUGUACGGAGUUCCAAUUGUGUCGUUAGUGAUUGACAGUCAAGAGAGAUUGUGCCUAGCGCAGAUCUCCAACACUCUCCUGAAGAACUACAGCUACAAUGAGAUCCAUAACAGGAGGGUGGCUUUGGGCAUCACUUGUGUUCAGUGCACGCCGGUACAGCUGGAAAUUCUGCGGAGAGCGGGCGCCAUGCCCAUCUCCUCGAGGAGAUGCGGCAUGAUCACGAAAAGAGAAGCCGAGAGACUUUGCAAGUCAUUCUUAGGGGAGAACUCACCUCCAAAACUCCCUGAUAAUUUUGCUUUUGAUGUGAGCCAUGAAUGUGCUUGGGGAUGUAGAGGAAGCUUUAUUCCAGCUCGAUACAACAGCUCUCGGGCAAAGUGCAUCAAGUGCUCCUACUGCAAUAUGUACUUUUCUCCAAAUAAAUUCAUCUUCCACUCUCAUCGCACCCCAGAAGCUAAAUAUACUCAGCCCGAUGCUGCUAAUUUCAAUUCUUGGAGGCGUCACCUCAAAUUAACAGAUAAAACUCCACCUGACGAUUUGGCUUUUGCUUGGGAGGAUGUGAAGGCCAUGUUUAAUGGAGGUAGUCGGAAGCGGGCCCUGCCCCAGGGGCAAUGUUCUUCUUUGAGCCAGGUUAAGGCUGUGGGUAGUGUACUACCACAUAUGAUAGCCCCUGAUUUGGCUCAGAAAAGGGCCAGGUUUGAAGAGGAUGAAGAUGUCAAUGGAACUAGUUUAUCUCCUCGGAAAAAUCCCCGUAAUUACCCAGUCAUACCAGUUCCAAGCAAAAGCUUUGGAAUGUUACAGAAGUUUCCUGCAACGUCCUUAUUCCCGAACCCUUACACAUUUCCUGCUUUUAGUUUAUGUCAGAAAAAAGAUGACGGGGAAAGUGGUAAUGGACAGAAGCCAAGUGGACUAUCGGGACUUCUUUGGCCUGGGAGAAAGGAUGCUUUCUACCCACCCUUUUGUAUGUUUUGGCCACCUCGGACUCCCGGUGGUAUUCCUGUCCCUACUUACCUUCAGCCUCAACCCAACGCACUCACAUCUCUUACAGAAAAUGCCACUUUGAGGCAGGCGUUCCUUGACCUCUCUGACCAAAGUGAUGCAGUCAAUAUAGGCAAUCCCAGGGGAAACCUGUUUGAAAGUGACUGUCCUCCAGCAAACGCCGAAGUCAGGACAUCUUCAGAUGGACGAUUGAAGCUCCUGGACAUGUCCUCCUUCCAAACAAGAAAGCCAAGUUAUCACUCUGCUUUUAGACCGGUGGUUAAAGAUGCAGAAAGCAUUGCCAAACUUCAUGGUAACCUUGAGGAAUUUGGACCAGAUAGGCACCUGUCCCCUGGCACCAGUUGUAGUUACCAGAGUGACAGUGCAGAUAGUGACGAGGAGCAGGAGGUGGACGUAGAGACCAACAAGCAGCAAGAAGAGGAGGACGACUUUGGCAGUGGCCAGUGCACCCAGGUUAGACUUCCUCCAGAAAGCAGGGACCAGAGGAGCAAAGAAAGGGUUCACUUUCCUGGUGCUACCGAUGAAAGCAAUGAAGACAAAACUGUCAACAGAGAGAAUUCACCGGCUAGCUUAAAAGACUCGGAAAGUCCUAUUCACGCCUCAGUGGAGGAGCCGAGCUACAAAGAUAGUCAUAAAAUCAGAGGGAAUACUCAAGCAGUUUUCACAACCAAAGAGAAUAGCAACUAUUCAGAAGAAUCUAAAGAGCAGAAUACUUUCUUCAUUACAGACACUGAGACAUCUGGACCUGAAUUCUGGAGAGAUACAUCAGGUGACUCAGGCCAAGAAGAGCACCCACCAGUUUCACUAAAAAAAGACGUGGAGAACAUGGAAAAAGAACAGCUCCAGAAAGUGUUAUUAGAGCAGAUAGACUUACGAAGGAGGCUGGAGCAGGAAUUUCAUGUACUUAAGGGCUCGGCCACAUUUCCAGUUUUCAAUAACUUCCAAGACCAAAUGAAGAGGGAGCUGGCAUACAGAGAAGAGAUGGUACAGCAACUGCAAAUGAUUCCCUAUGCAAACUUGAUUAGGAAAGAGAAGCUUGGCACUCAUCUGAACAAAAGUUAA